AUGGCCGCAUAUGCCAAAGAGCUCGAGGUUGCCCAGCUGGCCGUCCAGCGCGCCACCAUCCUGACCAAGCGGGUCUUCCACGAGCGCGCAAAGGGCACUGUCUCAAAGGACGACAAGUCUCCCGUCACUAUCGGUGACUUUGGCGCCCAGGCCCUCAUCAUCAGCGCCCUCAAGGCCAACUUCCCAGAGGAUGAGAUCGUGGCCGAGGAGGAGGCAGAGAUGAUGCGCUCCGACGCCAACCUCAAGCAGAUCGUCUGGGACCUGGUCAGCAGCACCAAGCUGGACGACGCCACCGCCGAGGCCACCCUCGGGGGCCCCAUCAAGGACAUCGACUCCAUGCUAGACAUCAUCGACAAGGGCAACAGCAAAGGCGGCAACAAGGGCCGCAUAUGGGCCAUCGACCCCAUCGACGGCACCAAGGGCUUCCUGCGCGGCGGCCAGUACGCCGUGUGCCUGGGCCUCAUGGUCGACGGCGACGUCAAGCUCGGCGUCCUGGGCUGCCCUAACCUGCCCGUCGACGACUCGGCACCCCUGACCGCCGACAUCGGCUCCAACGCCACCGACGAGGGCCGCGGCGUCAUCUUCUCGGGCGUGCAGGGCCAGGGCGCCGCCAGCAGGCCGCUCGGCACGGGCGCCCUCGGGGAGCCCAAGGCCAUCUCCAUGCGGCCCAUCGCCAAGAUGUCCGACGCCACCUUCUGCGAGAGCGUCGAGGCCGGCCACAGCUCGCAGGGCGAGGCCGCCCAGAUCGCACAGAAGCUCGGCAUCACCAACCCCAGCGUCCGCAUGGACUCCCAGGCAAAGUACGCGUCCAUCGCCCGCGGCGCGGGAGACAUCUACCUGCGCCUGCCGACCUCCAAGACAUACGUCGAGAAGAUAUGGGACCACACCGCCGGGGACCUCAUCGUGCGGGAGGCGGGCGGCCAGGUCACGGAUACCACCGGCAAGAGACUCGACUUCAGCAUUGGCCGGACGCUGGCGGAGAACAAGGGUGUCGUUGCGGCACCGUUGGCGGUACACGGGCAGGUGCUGAAGGCUGUGCAGGAGGUUUUGGGGAUCAACUAG